UCACUCUAUAAUGACUUGUGUCGUGUGUUUUUUUUAUUUUAAAAAAAAGAGAAAGUUCAAAAGUCAAAGAUUAAAGAUAAUAAAUAGUGGCUAUAGUUUUUAAAUUAAAUAAAAUGGACAAUAAAUAAUAGGUACUUUCAAUUUGUUCUGCUACUAAGUUCAACAAUUGUUUCCAUCACAAAUGCAACAGGGUUGUUUACAUAAAAGAUCAAAAAAUAAAUUAGGACUGCCGACAGAUGUAAAUGUGUCAAAGGAGAUUUUGGAAGUGCAUAAACGGUCGUGGGAACAGUUUUUCGAAAAAUAUUCAAUGGAAACAGGCGACGUCAAAGAAUUGAAUUUGGAGACAUUGAAAUUGAUAGUCGACGAAAAUGAGGAGAUUUGCCAACAACGAUUACCAAUGAGAAAUCCAAUUUCAAGUGUUCAAUACUGGGUGAACACUGGAAAACCUCCUUGUCUAUCGGUUGUUGACAAAAAUUAUAAUUCACCGGAAGAAACGUCAUUGUCAGAGGAGGAAAUUUCAGCGCUUCAUCCAACGGCAAUUUCACCCUUAGAACACAAUUCACCACAUCCACCGCAACCAGCAAUUAUUCCAAGUGAGCCAACAAAACUCUGUUCUUCCAUUGUUUCCAGUGAUUCCGUAAAUACUCGCCAGUAUAUUUUAUCCUCAAAUCUUGCCAAGAAAAAUAUGUCAUUAACAAUUGUGGAAAAUGGAAAAUUACACGAUUUGAGUUUGAAUAGAAAUAAUAUUAUUGACGAAGCCGAUGUUUACAUUGACGUUUGUGGUACAGAUGAAUUUCCCAAAAUUUCAACUGAAGAGAAAGAGCACGAGAAGACGAUAAAUUCACAAUCAACAGUUGUUUAUGGUUAUAACAAUCAUAUUCUACCCGAUUCGCAAGCAACCACAAUUUUACGAAUGCCGACCGGAAGUUUAAAAAUCGAAGACGUCAUUCCAAGUUUGAGAAAUAUUCGCGACAGUCCGGAAAUUUACGAAUGUGAUACGUCCACAUCGGAGAAAUCAAACUUUAAAGAAUUAAUUGUCGAGCACAAGCAUAUUGUCGUUGAAUCGAUAAUUGAAAAAAAUAAUCGAAGAAAGUUAUUCACAAAUCCAAGAUCGCCAGUGGAAUGGCCGCAGUAUUCAAGUCCCAAACGAAUAAUUGCCAGGAAAUCAUCAUCUUUGAGCACAGCCUCCACUUUACAUCCAGCUCUCGAUUUUUCCGAUACGAAACGAAACAAUACCUGGAGGAAAAGGUUGUUUUACAAAAAAAAACUUGUGACAAUUAACGAAAAUAACGAAAAACCAUUGAUUCCAACAUUUGAAGAGCCAAUUUUUAAUGGGGAAAAAUUAAAAAAGUGCUCUGUCGUUCUAAAACCCCUGAUACUCGGGAAUUUCGAAAAGAAACGAAAAUUUGAUGUCGAAAAAAACGAAUUGGAAUCAAAAAAAAUAAAAAUUUCCCCUCAAGCAAAAACAACGGAGACAAAAACAAAUUCAACUACUGAUUCAUUUCCAACAAAUGGAGAAAUUUCACAAGAAAAAGAAAAAUUUCCCAACGAGAAAGAACAGAAGAAAAAUUCGAAAUCGCUGCGAGUUUCAAUACGAAAUCUACGAAGUAAAACAGCGAAAUUGACAAAAAAGAAAAAAGGAAAAGUUGCCAAGAAGAAAAAAAUUAAUAUAAAAAAAUUGCCAAAAAGAAAGAAAGUCUUGGCUAAAGUAUCAAAAGCAUCGAGCAAAGUUUCUGAAAUAAAAACUAUUUUCUCGAUAGAAUCCGACAGUGAUGAUGAUGAUGAUGACGGUGAAAAGUGGACGAAUAAUGAAAACAGUUCCAAGAACAAUAGAAAAUUUGACAACAAACGUUUGACAAAUAUUUUUACAUUUGAUUCUGACGAAGAAUUCGAUAUGACAACAAUUUUCCAAACAAAUAUUGAGAGUUUAACAAAAAUAAACGAAGGAAAUAAGACUGAAAAAAUAAAACAAUCGAGUGAAAAUAAUUCCCUUUUCACUGAAUUGUCUCUCUAUACAAAUGAGGAAAAGGAAAAUCAACGAAAAUCAACAAUAAAUAAUCAAUUUCCAGGAUUAAAUUCAAGAAGAUGGACAAAACUGGUCAUCUUACCAUCUUCUGAAGACGAAAUUCCCCGGGAGGAGAAAAUUCUGACAAAAGAACGAAAACGUAAGAAAGUGCAACGAAAAAAAAAGGAACAAGAAUCUUCAAAAAAUUCAAAAAAUAUCUCCGAGGAGAAAAAAUUUAAUUUGGAGAAAAAUGAAAUAAAAAAUAAUAGUUUCAAUCAAUCGCCGAAAAAACGAAAAAUAAAAAAAGAAGAAAAAGAAGAAUCGUCAAAUCUGGACAUUUCGAAAAAUAGUGAAUCGACCAAUUUGAAUGAAUUGGAAAAAAGUGCACAAGUUGGAGAAAAUGGAUUUGAAGGGAAAAACGAGGAAAGUGAAUUUGAAGAUAUUUUCGAAAUUCGACCGAAAACGAAAGAAGAAGAAAGGGAAAAUUCGAAGCAAACGAAAAUGAAGGAAAAUUCGAAGCGAACGAAAAAGAAAGAAAAUUCGAAACGAACGAUAAAGAUGAACGUCAAAGAAAACAAAAAAUCGAAAUUGAAUUCAAAUAAUAAAAAAGAAGAAGAAGAAGAAGUGAUGGAGAAAAUUAGACUUAAUUCGAAGAAGAAUAUGAAAAAUCAAUUGUCUACCGUUUCGUCCGACGAGGAAGAAAAAGAAAAAAAUUCCCCUUCUCGAAAUCAUCGAAAAGUAAAGAAAAAUAUCAAAAGUGACAACAAAAAUGAGAAAACGAAAAAAAUCAAUAAUUCCAACGAUCAAUUUAAUUCCAGUGGCUAUGAGACGAAAUUCGACGAAAAUAUUCCAAACGAAAUAAAAAUGAAAUCUUCAAUUGCUAAUUCAUCCCCUAGAAUAACGAGAAAUUCGCCGAGAAAUCAAGAAAAAAAACCAGAGGAAGAAAUAAAAAACCAGAAAAUAACGAAAGAAAAAAAUCAAAAAAGUAAUUAUUUCAAAUUUAGUUCAAGUGAUGAUGAUGAAGAUAUUUUCAAUUUAGUUCGUACCUAA